AAAGAGAACCUCAGACCAAGUGGCUUUACACGACAAAGCCGGUUGCUUUUUGGAAAUGGUAAAGUGUCCAGACUGGCUCAGUAGCUUACAAGAUCUGCUGUGCUAUUUCUCUCAAUUAAAUUAAUUGUCAGUGAUGGAAACCCCCACCCACAGCACCGUGCACCUGAGUGACUGGCAGAAAAGUUACUUUGCUAUUACCUCUGGCACCUGCACACCCGGACAGAAGGCAGAUGAGUACCGUGCCAAAAUCCUGCGUAUUCAGUAUGCAUGGGCAAACUCCGAGAUCUCUCAGGUCUGUGCUGCCAACCUGUUUAAAAAAUACGCAGAGAAAUACUCUGCAAUUAUUGACUCUGACAACAUAGAGACUGGCUUGAAUAACUAUGCUGAAAACAUUUUGACUUUGGCAAAGUGUCAGCAAAAUGACAGUGACAAGUGGCAAUCUGCCUUGACAGCAGAUAAUGUAUUUGAAUUAAAGUGUGUGCAAGAGAGGAUGCAGGCUGGCAGAAAGUUCCAAAGCACUCAGAUGGCACCAACAGAUGCCUGUGUCCUCGCUGAUAAAGGGGUCAGUGCCUCUGCUGCUCCAGGUCUUCCUAAACGCAAUAUCUUCAGCAGUGCUGGGGAGACUGAGCUCUGUGCUGGCUCAGCAAAAUGUGCAAGUCGGGGACCGGAUCUCCCUGAGCAUCCCUCAUCUUCAAAGUCUCUCCAAAGCAGCGUGCCUCCUGCGACCAAAACUUCGGAUACGCUUCCUGCCUCUUCAGCCCCCUUAAACGAACAGGUUCCUAGAGGUUUCCAGGCAACUCCGCUGUUUGGAAGUAAAGAAGCGGCAAGCAGUAGUUCUCUGCAAAUGCCGAGUAACUGUCAUGACGGACAAAAUUUGUCUCUUUCCAGUCAGUCAGCUAUACUUGCGCGGUCUGCAAGUUCUGGAAAAAGAAAAGCAUUUUAUGGUCUGGCUGAUGAAGGCAGCACAGUGAUUCCUAGCCUUGCUCCAUGCCAGCCUUCCAUUAGUACAGAAACCAGUAGUUUUUCAGGGAAUAGAAACAGAAAUGAAGAGAGCAGCGUUCCUGGUUUUAGAACUGCAAAAGAACAGCUGUGGGUGGAUCAGCAAAAGAAAUCUCAAAACCUCCCCCAGCGUGCACCAGUCUCCUCAUACGGAGGUGUAAAAAAAUCGCUGGGUGCAGGCAGAUCUCGGGGCCCAUUUGGCAAGUUUGUUCCUCCAGUUCCAAAACAAGACGGAAAUGAGAAUGGAGGGGCACAGUAUAAACCCCAUGCAAGAGGACCAACAGAUCCAUCGCUGCCUGUAGAUGAACGACUGAAAAACAUAGAACCAAAAAUGGUUGAACUCAUUAUGCACGAGAUCAUGGAUCAUGGGCCACCUGUCAACUGGGACGACAUUGCUGGAGUUGAAUUUGCUAAAGCUACCAUAAAAGAAAUUGUAGUCUGGCCUAUGCUGAGGCCAGACAUCUUCACUGGGUUACGUGGCCCUCCUAAAGGAAUUCUUCUCUUUGGUCCCCCUGGGACUGGCAAGACUCUCAUAGGCAAGUGCAUUGCGUGCCAGUCCGGAGCGACUUUUUUUAGCAUCAGUGCUUCUUCUCUGACUUCCAAGUGGGUAGGCGAGGGGGAAAAGAUGGUCCGUGCGCUGUUUGCUGUGGCACGAUGUCAACAGCCAGCAGUGAUUUUCAUCGAUGAAAUUGAUUCUCUCUUGUCUCAGCGUGGAGAUGGAGAGCAUGAGUCAUCGAGAAGGAUAAAAACUGAAUUUCUGGUCCAGCUGGAUGGGGCAACAACCUCCUCUGAAGACCGUAUUCUAGUGGUUGGAGCAACGAAUCGGCCCCAAGAAAUCGAUGAAGCUGCCCGGAGGAGACUAGUGAAGAGACUGUACAUUCCUCUCCCAGAAGCCUCAGCUAGGAGGCAGAUUGUUACCCGCCUGAUGUCAAAGGAGCACUGCUCUCUAAAUGAAGAGGAAAUUGAACUGAUAGUUAAGAGAACAAAUGGAUUUUCUGGGGCAGACAUGACACAGCUCUGUCGAGAAGCUUCUCUGGGCCCUAUCCGCAGCCUUCAGUCCAUGGACAUUGCAACCAUCAUGCCGGACCAAGUACGGCCUAUUGCUUUUCUGGACUUUGAGAGUGCCUUGAGAACCGUGCGGCCCAGCGUCUCCUCGAAGGACCUGGAGCUGUAUGAAACCUGGAACCAGACAUUUGGCUGCGGUAGAUAACGGCACUCUGACUGUUUCACUGAAACAUUUCUUUAGCGCUGUCAGCAUAUUGAACCUGUGAUAAUUUAGGGUAUCUGCACUUCUUUUUGUUACUGUCUUUGAAAUAAAUCUUCUUAUGUUAUGCAGGCAGAUGUCUAGGCCCUGGCCUGAUGUUUAGCCAACUGAAAAGACCAUGAGAAACUGCCGAACGGAAGUAACAGAGUGAGAAGGUGACAAAAAUUACAGAUGGCUGCUGUGAAAGGUGGAUGAAUUUCACUGAUGUUUAAGGGGAAGAUGGUCAAAUCUCACCUAUAGUUGAAGGGCGCGCUGGGGGCUGGGGGGAAUCUUGCAAGGCCCACUGUGCUAUAUCAGUAGCGCCAUGCGAGGCUGAGGGGACCCAGGUAAUGUUAUGAGAAAUACCAGUUUGGGGUAGCGAUGUAGCAAAACUGGGACUGAUGGGAAAAAGUAUUUAGGGGCGUGUUGUUUGGGAAGAGACAGGAGCAGAGGAAGGAAAGAGUCAAGGUGGAUGUGGGAAGAUUAGAAGGGUGGAUAAAAGGGGACGGUCUCAUGUAAGCAGCGCUCUUGUCUGAUGGCCCUGCACUGGCCAUAUCCCUGCAGUCUAUCCCAGCUUCUUAUUAAAUCCUUUCUGUGAUGAUCUUCUGCUUGACCUUGCUUUCUGGUCUGUGUCUGCGUGUUACCAGGAGGUCCAGGCACCUGCAACUGGAGAAGAGGCCAUGGGCCAUAGGGGCUGUAGGACCUGAGGGCCAGCUGUGGGCUAGCCAAUGCCUUUAGGGCCAGGUGCUGUAGGGAUCCUGCUGUGCGUGCAAACUUCAUUAACACAACUCACAAGCAAACUUUAAGCUGGGCUAGCUGGCAAGUAGGAGGAAACCAGCACCUGGAAAGAGCUGAGAUAAUGAGCCAGUGGCAGGGUCAGGAAGCUCGGGGUCUGGGCAUGGAUUUUAGAUGAACUUAAAUUCCGUGGUGAUGUUUGAAGGCUCCAGAGGCGUGGUGUUCUUGUGAAGCUGGGGCGUGUGGGGGCCUGCAUGUCUCACUGGUGAGCUUCAGUCCUAUUUGGCUGGAGAAGAGGGACAAAGAUGGGGCUGUGCUGUUGGAUUUAUGUGAGCACAUUUGCUGUGUAUGUGCAUGCUGGUAAAGGCACUGCUGGCACCGUGUUCUCAUCUGUGUGUGUGUGUAUAUGUGUGUAUAUGUGGGUAUCUGCUGUUGUGGAUUCGGUGCUCAGCCUCACUCCUGGCUGGACCUGCAAGUAAAACCAGCGUCAGUUGUACCAAUCAAACUAAGAUGGGAGAAGCCUCAGCCUGAGACUGCACCCGACUGGGCCCUAGUGGCCGGGAAGGACAAAUCCUGGGUCUCGGUGUCAACUGGGUUCCUCUGAUCCUUAAAAAAUCUUCAUGUACCAAUGGUAAAUUUCCUCACUAGCUUGUACUUGGUGUUCUUACCUAAGGCCUGAACAAAAUGCACAGCCUUUUGUUUGCAUAACCUGUCCUCACCAACUGGUUGGACGGGGCCGCUCCUGAAUGGAAAAUAUGUCAAAAGCUUUCUUUUGGAGUCUUUUGUUAGCGUGGCAGAGCUGGCUGCAGCAGUGUCCAUGCUUUAUCUUCAAUUUCUCUGAAGCACUUUUCUCCUGUUGGGGAAAAUGCAGAGCUUAAAAGCUAGUUGUGCUUAGAUUUUUCUAAAAAUGUAUAAACACUGUUUAGCCAGCAUAUUUUUUUUUAAAGCCAUUUGGGAAACUACGAGGGCUAUGGGACUAUAGCGAACCUUGAGUUCAGAAUAAUUUGGAAGACUUGGCAUUUCUUAGAGCUCAUCCUGAUUUAAACAAAAAAAGUCGGUUCUGUUCUUGGCUUAUGUUUUUAAUAAAGUAUGGUAUGUAUUAGAAGCUGUUUUUCAGAGAUGUAAAAAUUCAGGUAUGUGAAUUUAUCUUAAUUUUUGAAAUGGUGAAAGAAUAAUUUGUUUAUUUUUUAAGAAUAAAUGUGUGAUAUGGUCCAAACUGGUUGACUUUUGUGCCACUUGGGCAAAGAUUAUGAGAUUAAAUCUGCUCUUACAAGUUUAGUGUUGGGAGACCUAUAAACACGUGCUAGGUAAGAUUUUUGCUGUCUCCAAACAUCUCUCCAGCCCUAAUGAAAACAUGUUCUUUAAAUGUUCUUUUCUCAGGCAAGUGAAUGAAAACCACAGAGAAUUUUAAUUGUUUAAUAAAACCUAAGUGUUGCUCAAGGGUAGCAAAACCCUUGUGUACUAUUAAGUAAUUGCCUUAUUUCUGCUGGGAAUUAUUCUGGUAUGCUACGUGAGCAUACUGUGCUCAUCUACAUAUCCGAAUAUUCAUAAUUUAAUGGCAAUGGCUCUACUGACAGGACCAGUGAGAGUGUACAUAGUGAGAGAGAAUAAAAUGCCUCCUAAAAUGACAAGGGGCCGGGAGAGAAAUGCUGCACUGCUGUGUUUGUCUCCCGCAAAGUGGAACUCGUGAACGAGAUAAAAGGUAGAACUGCAGCACCAGGCAGGAGCAUUCUUCCUCCUACUUCUUGCAUUACUCAUUGCUUGGCACUCUUUUGAAUUACAUGAGCAUGCUGUUGUUUUAGAAAACGCAUAGGAAUAGUGAAAAGGAACAUUAGGUAAAGUUUAUUCUUCCUCUUUUUUAGUAAUGAUGCAGGUAAUACGACUGUCUCUUCCGCCAUCUAGCAAUAUUCAGGCUUUGCUGCGAGACUCGCAGGUCAGCAGGACUUCCAGUAUUAGCCCAAUAUGUAUUUCAUAACCCGCUGUAACAGUGCCACCAAACAAGAGAUUAGAUCGCCAGUAACAUAAUUUCACAAAAUAUAGAAAAUUGCCCAGAAGUAGGGCAUGAUUGUAAUUUAAGGGAAAUGGUGCAGAUAAAUCCACUUUAAUGGAUCUGUUUAGUGUAUGCAGAAACCGAUGUACUUCAUUAUUUAUUCUUUUUGGCUGGCUGAACUUUGUAAGAAGAAAUGCAGGACUCUCCUCUGGUUUUGUGGUUCGGUAACAUCUGGUGCACUGUCUCUUAGUGUCUCUUAAAUAAAGGUAAAUAAUUGCAGUCCUGCAAAGGCGAGG